UGAGGUGCGGACUGCUGCGUACGGCGGACCGACUGUGUGGCCGUGCAAAGGAAGGAGCUGCAGGCGGGAGUGUGAUCAUGGUUUUCUCAGUCUCAAUCUCAUCUCUGUCUGCCUUCACCGCCGCCCGUGACUCCGGUUUCAACUAGCGAGAGGUAGCAUUUGCAAUUAUGGAGGCUUAAAGAAGGAAGAAUUUAUAGGGGAGCUUCCCUUCCCCUGUGGUGGUUGGCUUCAAAGGAACAAUAUUCAGGAGAGUGCAAUGGAUAUAUUUUGACUGGAAGUUUACAACAAUUUUUAUUUUCCACAGAUUUAACUAAAUUUCUAUUUUUGAUUAUUUAAUUGCAACAGAGAGCCAUAGUAUAUAUAAUGUUUUAUAAUAUAAAAAAGCAGUAUUUUGCUGCUUCCAUGUACUGAGCUAAUGUAACUAAGAGUUCAGAAUCGCUAGAGUGCGGUGUUUUUAAUGACACAAGCACAAAUCUAGUGCUCUGGAGGUUUCUAGGCAUCAAGUUCCAUUAGCCUUAAGAUUUUUUUUUAAAGACUGAAUUGUGAAGACAGGAUGAAUUCUAUGAUUGCUGACUGCACUCCAAAAUGCCGAUCUUUGCAGCACGCUCUCGAUGCAACUUCGGUGAUGACGAAGGGAACUGAAGGCCAGAAUAAGGUCUUCCUUUCAUCUUAUUGCUACAAUGCAGCUUCCCUAAAGGACAGCUUUGGUAGAACUGUUCUACACAUGGCUGCAUCUUGUGGUAAAAGGUCAGUUUUGGAAUGGCUCCUUGAGAGAAAAGGGGCUGAUCCUUCUGCGAAGGAUAAAGAAUCAGGAUGGACAGCUCUGCAUAGAAGUAUCUUCUAUGGGCACAUUGAUUGUGCUAUGUUUCUUCUGAAGCAUGGUGGGAGUAGCCUUUACAUGCAGGAUAAGGAAGGGUUAUGUACGCUCGACUUGGCCAUGAAAGAUCGACCAUCAUACGUGAUUUAUAGAAAGACUGAUCCUACUGAAGUCUAUACAUGGGGUAACAACACUAAUUUUACUCUUGGUCAUGGAAACCAACAAAGCAAACAUCACCCUGAGCUUCUAGAUUACUUCUCAAGAUCGGGGACAUAUAUUAAACAGGUUGUGCUUUGCAAAUUCCAUUCUGUGUUCCUCUCUCAGAAAGGUCAAGUUUAUACUUGCGGUCAUGGUCAGGGAGGGCGCCUUGGGCAUGGAGAUGAACAAACAUACCUUGUUCCCCGAAUGGUGGAAGGAUUAGCAAGCCAUCGUUGUUCUUUGGUGGCAGCUGCAAAGGAUCAUACCAUUGUAUUGACAGAAGAUGGAUCUCUGUAUGCUUUUGGACUGAAUACUUAUAAUCAGCUGGGCAUCCCCCUGCCCAGCAGUAGCUUACCAAGACAGGUACAGCCCAAAAACCUUAAAGGAAGAACUGUGAUUGGAGUCGCUGUGGGGAGGUUUCACACUGUUCUGUGGACGAAGGAUGCUCUGUAUACCAUGGGCCUUAAUGGUGGUCACCUUGGUUACUUAAUGGAUCCUAACGGGGAACGUUGUGUGCUUGUACCUCGUCAAGUAUCUGCUUUGCAUCAUAAGGAUGUAGUGAUCUCUCUAGUAGCAGCAAGUGAUGGAGCCACAGUCUGUGUUACAGAAAGAGGAGAUGUUUACCUGUUAACAGGCUAUCAGUGCAAAAAGAUUGCUUCAAGGCAAUUAAACUUGAAGAAAGUUCUUGUUACUGGUGGAUAUCUGGACCACAAGGUUGAUCCACAGGUACUCCAUGAAGGAGGGGGUGAAAAAGUUUGUAUCCUGGCUCUGGACGAGGCAGGCGGGGUUUUUUGCUGGAGGUCAUCAAACUGCUUGUUUAAACAGUGUCGUUGGGCAUAUGGGCGACAGGUUUUCAUGUCUGACAUUGCUUUGAGCAAGAAUGGGAUGGUUUUUGUUACGCAAGAUGGAGACGGGUUUACAGGAAAUUGGGCUGUAUCAGGAUUGAAGAAUUUGGAAAAGAAAGAUGAAUACUCCUGCAUUCUUCAGAAUCCUAUGGAUCAAAUAUGUAACACUACAGAAUUGGGAAACAGCUUGUAUGAAAGGAUCAAACUUGAGAAACUUCCAUGUGUUCAUCGUGCUGUUUCUGUUGCCACUGAUUCAAAUGGACGCACCUUUGCUAUUUUACAGUCCGAUCCUAAAACUAGCCUCUAUGAAAUUCCAAAUGUAUCAUCUUCAAGUUUUACUGAAGACUUUGGCAAACUUCUCAGGGAAGCCAAUGAAACUGACAACAUCCAUGAUGUCACAUGUCAAGUUGGCAAUCAAAUUUUUCCCAGUCAUAAGUACAUCCUGGCCAUGAGAUGCGACUAUUUUCGAAAGCUUUUCUUUCCUGAUGGAGAACUCAUUGGGACCCUUGAUGCCCAUUUACAAGGUGAUGAUGCAGUGGGAUGUGACUUGUACGUUCUGGAUAAGAUUCAGGCCGACUUGUUUGCCUAUAUUUUGCAGUUCAUAUAUACAGACACCUGUGAUUUGCUAACUGAUGGCUACAAACCAAAAAUCCAAUUCAAAGAUAAAAUAGAAACUUAUCAAGAUCCACUGAUAUCCAAAUUGGAGGGCUCUAUGCAGAAAUUAAAUUUUUGUGAAGAUAUAAGGGGAAAACCUGCAUCAGAGGUUUACGAAAACCAGAAGAGGCAGAAUUUAAAGUCGAAAAAUAAAACCAGCAAAAAGAAUAAAGGGCUCAAUGAAGACACGAAUCCAGUUAAGAUGUUGCAGGCUACUGCAAAAAAGCUUGGUCUUUCCAGUCUAUCAGCAAGGCUAGAUGGGGUUAAAUUGGAAAAUUGGAAGAUAAAAGUCGUGCACAAAAUAAAUGCAAAUAAAUUGAAAUUUGUUCAGAAAAAAUGUUCCUAUUUGAGUGAUGUAACUCUGAAGUCAGAAGAUGGAAAGGAGUUUGUCUGCCAUAAGUGUGUGCUAUGUGCCAGACUUGAGUACUUUCACAGUAUGCUGAGUAACGCCUGGAUUGAGGCCUCAACAUGCACGGCAUUGAAGAUGCCUAUCCAUUCUGAUAUUUUGGAAGUUAUUUUGGAUUAUAUUUAUACAGAUGAAGCUCCAACUGUUAAAGAUUCGCAGGAUGUUGAGUUUAUUUGUAACGUGCUUGUGGUGGCCGAUCAAUUUCUUAUCAGACGUCUCAAGGAAAUUUGUGAAGUGGCCAUUACUGAAAAAUUAACUUUGAAAAAUGCUUCCGAACUCUUGGAGUUUGCUGCAAUGUACAACGCUGAGCAAUUGAAAGUGUCCAGUCUACAAUUCAUAUGUCUAAAUAUGCCAGCUUUGCUUGAAACAAGAUCUGUAGAUAUUCUCAGUGAUGAAGUGCUAAAGGAACUGUCAAUUGCCUAUCGAAAUAUGAUUCCAGCAAUGCAAAAAAGAAUUAUCACUCCAUAUCCAGAUGGUCCGGAUAUCAGUUUUCUGGGUGAAUGGAUUGAUGAUGACUCUGUAACCAGCGAAAAUAAAUUGGACAUUGAUCAGUCUUCCAAAGAAAAGCUUCUUAAAAAGGCAAAAGCAAAGGCAAAGAAGAAACCAAGACGACGAUCUGAUAGUUCGGGAGGAUAUCAUUUAUCUGAUCUCAUUCAGAGCCCAACUUCAACAGAUUUUAUAAGACCAACUAAAACCAGUUCAGUGGAAUCCCUGCAAGAACUGUUGAUGUCUGAUUCUGAAGGCAGCUAUGCUGGUGGAGUAGCCAGCCCCCGAGAAUUAGCUUCACCUGACUUUGCAGCUGGAUUUUGCCUGGAGAAAUCGGAGGUUGAUGAGGGAAUCAGUAUUUCAGAAAGAAAAUAUCCAACUGAAGAGGCAAAAAUGAGUGAGAAAAUAUUGCCUUCUACGAAGGAGUCAAAUCCAAAAUUCUGUCUCGGAUCUAGCUCUAGUAAUGCUACAGGGUGGACGACUUGUUCUCUGAGUCCUGCAAGACCUCCCACUGUAGGCCUACGAGCAAUAAUGGAAAUGGAGGAAAAUAUGCGAAAAUGUGUCAAUGCGCCAAAGACUAAUGCAGGUGGGAAUAAGUUAUUGUGCCAUGGAGGAAAGCUUUCUCAGAAACAAAGGAAGAUGAUUGCGAUGGCUGCUAAAGAGCCAAGCACACACAACAGGCUGGACAACCCUCCCUUGAAAUCAAGCCUAACUGCACAAUUAACCCCAUCUAAGAUGGGAAGUGCUUGGGCUACUCCAUUCAUUGGGCUCUCAUCUCCAAAAUCAUUCCGUGACCUAUUGGUAGAAGAGAAGUUAUCAGAAAGACCAGGUGAUUCCCUGCUUUCCAGCUCAUGGGAAUACAGUACUAAACAAGAAGAGGACCAUAACAAAUAUGAGCAACCGAUCAGUCCUUGGUUAACGACAGUUACCAAAAGCCAGCGAACAAUGACUCCAGUUACUUUUGCGGCUAUUGUGGAAGAGGAACGUCAGCAAGAGGCUGCACUUGUGAAGAGCAGGGAGAAGCCACUGGCAUUGAUUCAGAUUGAGGAAUGUGCUAUCCAGGAAUUAUUAAUCCACUAUCAAGCCUUUGACAACCCUGAAGAAUUCAUUAUAAUUGAUAGAUCACCACAAGGGCCCAUGGCAGCCCCAGUAUGGAGUAAACAUUGAUUCUUGCCUCUUUUUGUUUAGAACUAUUAAUAUUAUAUAGUCAUAAAAUUAAAUUGGUCAGUGCUUGAUUUGUGGAAAAAAGCUGCAUUUACAAAAGAGUUAAAGUGUGCCUCUUUGUUAAGUGCCGCAGGAGAUCGUUUGCUGUGUUUAAUCUCAACUGCUAUUAAAAUGUUUAUUGUGCUAGAUUAUACUUUUCAUCUAGAUUAUAAAGGUCUUUACAACUAACAUAUACAGUGUGAAGCACUGAUCAAAUAUUGAUGUGUCUCCACUACCCCAACACAAAUGUUUUCAUACACACCAUUUAAAGCAUACCUUUUGUGGCCACAUUGCAAAAUUAGUGGCAGAGAAUUCUAGACUGAAUGCUGGGUAAAUUAUUGGGCACAGACUAUAGUUGAGUCAGUAAGAAGGUAAAAGCUCUGGAGGUAGCAGUUUUUCACAGUGAUAGUAGUAAGGGGAACUCCUGCCCUAUUAUUUUGGAUUCUUGUCUAGCUGCAGCUCCUGUAUUAAAAUUACAGUAUAUCCAAUUAAUUCAGUGGUAGAGCACCAAUAAUUUUCCUUGGUUGCUGACUCCUACUUUCACUUAAGGUGUUGAUAUAGUUUUUCUCGGUUGCUUAACCACACUGGUCAAAAUGAUAGCCAUGUUCUCAAAACAGUUGAUACCAUCACAAAAUACUCAUUCUCACUGGCAAAACAAUAAAUACGAUGAAUAAUUCAAUUAAAACAGUAGCACACAUUACACCACUAACACAAGUAAGCAAUCACCAGAUAAUCACUGGCAAAACACUGACCAUCCUUCUCACUGAGGCAUAACAUGAACAAAGUAGUCAGUCGUACAGUGUGAUGUUACUUCGUAGAAUGCCAGAGAUCAGGACAUUGAAGGACCAACAGAAUGAUUAUAGUAUUCACUGUAAUCUCAGCAGUUCACUAUCUAUUACAUGAAAGUCAGAGAUAAAAUUGCUGUCACCUUUAGAGGAAGAAACAUACAGUGAUGAUGACAUCCCUCUGUCUCAAAGGACAAUGGACAAGUCUGAGUGGAAGGUAUGGUGAUCUUGAGAUGCCUAGUCAUCUCAGCCUCACAGGUGUACUCCAAGGGAAAGCGAAGCAAUUUGUUUGGCACCAGCUUGGCUGUAGGAGCUGCUGGAAGGAUGUUCAGCAACAUCCAGCCACCUUGGGGACUGCACUCUGGAUUUUCUAUCUGGGUUUACUCCCGUAUCCUUCGUUUCUCUUCUGAGGCUGCCCACAAGGCAGUGGGGCAAUUUGACCAUAGCUGGGUCUACAUGCCGGUGGGCUUGUGUUCUACAUGUGCAGGGGGCCGGACCUCCUCCUCCUCAUCCUCUGUAGUUCAACCUGAGUCUGAAGGGUAUUCAGUUUCCAUGUGUUGCCAGCAAGAUGGCACUGCAUGAAGCUCGCUGUAGGAGAGGCUCUGUUCUGGCAGGGAGAGACUUUCACAUUCAUCUCUCCCUUUUGCAAGACUGCUAGCCAGCGGUGGAAGCUGAAAGCGAGAGCAACAAGCAUUACCCACUACACUAGCACACUAGAUGUGUCACACGGCCAUUUUGACACACAGCUGUACAGCUCUGAUAACAAAUACAGUGCAAUAAUGUUCACAUCUGAUAUAUUCUGUCCCUAAUGUUAAACCACAUCUUUUCAUCAGCAUCACAGAGACUAUGCUCCCUAGCGAUGCAGUGGGGGAAAUACCUUAUGGAAUGCCUACUCCAACCCUGAUAUCUUGACACUGAUUAUAUGACAAGUCUAUGUCAUAGUGUCCAUCAGUUGUAUUCGAUGAUAAGGAUGCUUGUCAUAGACCUUCCAUCUCCGGGGGGGGGGGGGAGGGGGGGAGCUCUUCAAUAAGGUUGAGAAAUAGGGGGUAUGGUGGAAGAAAUUCUACACUCGUGCAUAGAUGAGCUUGAAACCAGUCUGUCACUGCAAAUGAGUGGUGGAAAGAUGCAUUGUCCCAUAUGAUGACAUUGUGGGCCAUUGAUCUUGGCAUCCUGGUCCUCCUUGGACAAUAAGAGUUACCUGUAAAGCACAUCAAGGAAUGUGAUAUUGUGUGGGAUGUUACAUGUCCUAAUCAUUGGGAGAUACGCCAGAACAGCAGUAUCUAAUAUGGCAGCACACGUAAUAUUUGAACUUCUGUCAUUUUGCCUGGGCUGUCGUUCUUUGCCUUGCACCAUUCCUUCCUUGCUUCUUGUCUUAGACAUACAGUAUUGAAGCCAGCUUUAUCAAUAUGGAUGAAUUUGGGUGGCAUCACAUUGGACUCUAGUUCUAUUAUCCUUUGUAAUCACAAUAGAGAAAACAAAGUGAAACACAUGGAAGAGUGAAAAGGAAUGAAGUACUCUAAAGCCUACAUGUAUGAAGCUGACAAUGUAGCUGUACAUACAGUACAGUUACGUCAGUUCCUUAACCCUGUCACUGUGGCACUAUGUAGGUAUGUUUCAAUUUGAUGUGGUGAUGUUCCAACACUAUAAAUUGUCAAUAUACUGACAAUAUGUGAGAAGAUGGUAAAGUCUGCAGUUACAGCUUUGUAUUUCAUGCAAGUGUAUGGCAUUGUUCAUUAGUACCAUCUGAACAAUUGUUGCUUCUCGUCCAGCUUUGAACACCUUGGCUUGCCUGUCAGCCUGAGGUGGUCUUACAAUUCUAAGAAAACAAGUAUUUUUUAAAUGAGCACGUUACUUGAGCACAUUAUUUGUAGGGGAAAACAUGGGUGUCAAACUCAUUUAUGUAACAUACAUUUGUGAUGUGAUCUCUUACCCGAUUCACAUUCCUAAAUGUAGGGAUAAUUGAUACCACACAUGAACAUGGCACAUUAGGCUGCACUCUUAGACCAGCCUCACUCAUAGGCCAUGAUUUAGGACAUCGUCAACAAUAACUGCUCAUAGGUCACUAGAGAUCUCUGUUCUUCCUCCCUCUCUCCUAUCAGCUCUUUCACUGUGCAUCUGAACUCAUCCCUGUCAAGCUUGUGGAUGUUCUCUCCUUUUGUUUUACAUGUUCAAAUAAAGCUACAGUACCUCCAACCAUGUAUGUCAGUGGGCUGAUUGGUGUAUCAACAGAUUUGCAAUGAUAGCUUAAUUCCUUGCAAAAUGGAACCACUUUGAGUCAAUGAUUUGGCAUUGAUUGCUAUCAGCUGGGGGCAUUUGAUUAUGUUUUGCUUGGCCUGACACUUAAAUUGAUUUUUGUGCCUUCUGAUGUGACUAGUGUUUUGCAAAAGCUCCAUUAGCAAUUGAGACCUGUGUACAUGCGGUAAGAAAAGGUUGGCUGUUGUGCUGAAGUGGUUACUGUUUUGCUCAGAUGGAGUUUAGAAUUGACCAUGUGCACUGCUGACUUGAUCAAAAGUGUCGAGGCAACUGGGAACGCUAAUUGUUGGGAGAUCAGGUGCCUGAUAACAGGGAAAAUAAAAUUUGUGGGAAAAUGAAUUCAUUCACAUUUGAUAAUUAACAACAAGCAGUGUUGAAGUUUUACAAGAUGUCACCCAGUCUUUGGAAGCUCUUAGUCACUACUGUUUAUGAUGGUUUACAACUUGUGCAUAAUUAAUAAAUUGCUCUGAUUAUUUUUAAUAACUUCAAUUUUUGUUGGUCACUAAGAAUGCAAUUUAUUGUAAAAAGAAAAGCACAAAAAAAAAACUCACUUUGUGGCACGUUAUUCUUUCUUUCAUAGUUGCUUUAAACCUAAGUAAAUUAAACUCCUGUUCCCUAUUGCUGACACCAGGGUUGUCUUUACCAUUUUAGGCCUGGAUAUAGGGAAGUUGGCAGCUUAGCUUGCCUGUGUUCAAACCUGAGGUGGCAGCCUUUUUGACAGUAAUGGAUGCUACUUACAUUUGACACAGUUUGUAAGCAGAGUAUGAGAGUGUGAGUGCUUAAGAAACUACUUAAGAACAAACCACGAUGCACACGGCUUAAUUAAACUUAAUAGGAUCUAAUUGCAGUUGUCUAAAUGGAGACAUUACUGUUAGGUGUUGUAUAUUAAAAUGUUACCAGUCCAUUGCAGUUCAGCUGUUGUGUUGGUUUUUAGAAGUGCUGAAAUAAACUUCUAAUGGAAAAUAUGUUCAUAAAAAAAUGAUCUGAUGAAGAAUGAGGUUUUUUUCGCUGUUGAACAUUUAAGCUUGCACUGCUUUGGAAGUCAUAAUUUAUCACUACUUUAUGCAUUCAAUGAAAAUGAGUGAGUUUCAAAUUGUCCAGUAGGUUUGAACAUAACAUAAACUGCAAGAUUAUAAGAGAACUUAAAUUGGUAUGCUAUCUAGGACUCCCAAAAUAUACAUCAUUUUGAGGCAAUGCAGUUAUUUGUGGUUUUGUGUUUGACAGAUGUUACCCUAAUUGUGUAGUUAUUCAUGCAUGAUUUGUUUGUUAAUUUAUUUGUAUUUGCAAAAAUGAGGUUGGAGCUGUUGACUUCCCUGUACCUUUAACAAAAAUGAUGUGAUUACGGCUCUGCCGAGUGAAGUGUUUGCUCUUCCUAAUUGUCCUUUUGCAGAUUAAGCAUCUCCAAUUAUAAGAAGAAUCAUUGCCCAAAGAUGCCUUAAUGGCAGUUGGAAAGGGGUAUGGGCAAAUAAAUAUAAUUCUUAAGAUGCGGUGUUCAUGAUCCUUAAGUGUACGUUAAAACAAAGUCUUGUAAAUGGGGUUCAGCCAUGAUGGGUGGCAAGCUGAUGCAACAAAAGCAAUAAACAUCCACUUGAACAAA